UGCCAGGCCAUUGGCGUUGUCAGGUUUCGUAGGCCGUGGGGAUCUCUUCACGGUCGCUGCUUCCGGUCGUAUCAUUGACAUUUGAGGUGCUGUGGCACUCACUUUCUGACAAUGAGUUGGCUUGGCCAACGCACUGCUUUGUAUAUUCCGAUAUUGGAUUCAGGAAUCUAGGUAACCGUAGUCAUGCACAUUGCAGAGUAGGUCACACAGCGGGCUCCUCCAGACACAUGCCGACUUUCAUGGGGUCUCAUCUUGGGGAGUUGCGUCCGCUUCAAAGCGGUACCGUAUGCGGCAUGCCAGUUUAUCGGUUCAUACAAUCCAAAGAUGCCUCUAUCCCAAAGAAUGUGUCGCUGGCAAAGUACGUACUAGUACCUAUCCUAAAAGCGCACCACUGGAAAGGCUCAAGUUCUCUCAUCAGUCAGAGCAUGCACAACUGCCAAUAGCUUCUUCUGGCCUGCAGCAGCAACUGAACUACCAAUCCAUGCAAUUGAAGAGGAGGUAGGAGCUCUCAGAGCCGCAGAAGGUUGUAAUAGCAAACAGCUCUGUAAGCAGCUGGCAAGCUCGAGCUCUCUGUCGUGAUCAAGCUGAUCGCUGUUGAUGAAGAAAUAGGAUUUCCAAUCGAGAAAGAACUUGCUACAGUACCUCAGGACGUAGAUUGAAAGGACCAGGGCUUGAUCUAACUUCUUCCAAUUGUUGCAAACGUCCAAGGUAAACCGGCACCACCAUGGCAGGUCGUAGUCUGUCCGCUCUGCUGCUGGUGACAUUGGCUUUAGCAGCAUGCUUUUCCAGUGCUGCUGCACAGCAAACUGUCUACCCUGACACAAUCUCCUAUCAGGCUCAUGGCCGUGAUGACAUCAGGCAGUGGCGCUCUGACAUCAUCAAGGGCACAACUGUGUGGAAGGUGGACUUCAACUUCCUGCCCCAGGUCUGGUGCCAAAACCAGCCCAAUGUGGCAGAUCCCAGCGACCCAAGGGGAUGCAUUCUCCUCGUGCACAGCCAGACUGCUUACAAUUUUGGGGACAGGGGUCCCAACAGCACCACAGACGUCCUCAACUGGCUGGCUGACCCUGCAAACAAGCCGCUCAUCAGUAUGGACAAGCCCCGUCAAUACUUUGCUAUGACUUUCCGAAACUUCAUCAUCAACUGGGGUGGACGGACGCCUAAGAGCCCUUGUGACAACUCCACCGAUUCGAACAACAACAUAGCACUGUUUGACGACUUCUUCAAUGCUGCAAACAAGGUCAUCCAGGAUAACAAUCUGAAUGUUGAGUUCUACAUCGACCAGAUUGCGGCCUCUGGCAAUGCAUCCUGCCUGGCUGACAGAUGGCGGCCUUGGGUGUCGAGCUGGGACAGAGGGGUGCUGGACAAUCAGGCGCAGUCCAACACUUCCUCAAACGGUGACGACCGAUUCCAGGUCAUGAAUCGUGGCGAGUUGACGUCGCAAUGGCAGCAGUUUGCCAACAACUCUUUCUUUAAGUUCGGCCAAUCAUCCUACCCACUCGUACUGUACGAGCCCAUCGACGAGCCACGCAUCAACUUUUACCAGGACAUCUACCUGAGCAGCGGACUCAAUCACGUGCCAGGGUUCCGCAUCGCCACCAACUCGGAUCCCGCCAUGUUCAACCUGUACUCCGGCUCCCGGUCGAAAAAGACCGUUCAUGUGCAGAUCACCAACGACACUGCCAUCAACGUCAACAGCCCCGCCAACAACCGCGUCCUCGGCUACGUAAACUGGCCGCAGACGGUGACAAUCCCGGGCAGUGGAAGCUUCACGAUCGUGACCAUCUACAUUGACAACACCCAGACGUACCGUUACAUCGCGCACUCUGCUCAGGCACCUGCUGACGUCAGCAACGUGGCGGGUCCGCUGCCCAGGGUAAAGAUGCAGAACUACACCCAGAUUGGCCGCAGCGCCUUGCCCUCUCCCCCUUCCGGAAUCUUGACGUCCGCAGGCCAGGUCAAUGUCAACGGCAACCAGCUCAUCUGGGUUUCUAACAACACCGCCAUGCUGACGUACAAGCUCGACGCCAGCACAGGCAGCCUGACCUUCAACAGCGUCACCCUGUUCACGGCGAACUCGACCACUGACGUCCAAUGGGGCGUCGUGACGGCCAUCCCCUUCCCCGGCGCGUCCGACGGGUCUUUGGCAGUAGUCAAGGUCACUGCGGGCGCGCUCGACAACAACAUCCGGCUGCUGACUCCCUGCACCGUGUGGGCUCAGCUGUACAAGGUCAACCCCCUCGCCGCCAGCAACACUUCAGUGGCUGCCGCCUCCGCAGUAGGGUCCACCCAGUGCAUCUCCAACUGGCCGGGACCCAGCCAGGGUUCUGGCGCCAAGCUGGCCGCGACGAUCGUGCCGGCAUAUAACGGCUCUCGCUGCAACGGCGGUAUUGAGGUAUUCGCGGCAUACAGCGGCUACUUCUCGUUCAACAUGAUCAGCAUCGACCCCAAGGUCUACGCGACGCACUUCUGCAUGGACCCCGCGGGUGGAGACUCUCCCGCACCUCUGGUGCCUGCUUUGACUACGUAUCCUCCCGUCUUCGCGAUCGGCGACUUCCCAAGCGUGGCUGCUCUUGCUUACAAUGGCCGCGCUGUCCUGGCUCUAGUCAACACCAACUCGUUUUGCUACAACAGCUACCAGCGCGAUGACUCCCCGCUGGGGCUGCCCCAGAUCUGCGAUGCCUACAAGCUUGGCUUUGGACAGCCGUCGUUGGGCGUCCUGGCGUACACGUACGGCUAUGCGGACGUCCUGGUUCCGAAGCUCCAGGCCAACACGCCCAACGGCACGCUCAUCACCAGUGCCUGCGACGACAUGCUCUUGCACGGCACCUACGACCAGGGGUAUCAGCCCACCAUUGCAUUGGCCUACCCCGGGGGCCCCGCCCCCGUUGCCGUUGAAGUGCACGUUGGCAUCGAGUCCCUUGCCCACGGCGACUGCGGGUCCCCGGUACCCUCUUCGGGUCUGGUACUCGACUCCUGGGUGCUCCCUCAGCUGCCCACUGCCGCGCCCGCUUCCUCUUGACCGCAAGAAAUCAUGUUUAUCACGAGUUGUCGACAGCUUUUAGGCGAGGCCUGAAAUCCUGCAGGCACCUCGGUUGGGAUUUUCCUUAUUUAUUGCGAAAACUACUGUAGCAGUGUUUGAGCGAUGGCUGUUUUGAAUUGUCCACUUUGAGUCGAGAAAUCGGUUAGAAUUCAUGAACCAUUGUGCAAUUACAUAACGGCAAUAUAGCUAGCGGCCUCGUUUGAGGUAGUAGAGGUGACCCGGCGAUCACGCAUGAAAAACGCGAAUUAACAUGUGGGCAGGAUGUACGUGUGCCAUUCCCUAUUGCAGUGACCGAAGGCCGUUGGCUGGAGCCACUGACCAAAUUGACGGUUUGAAC